CCCCACGUCCCCGUGUCCCCUGUCCCCUCGCUGCCCGUCCCCCUCACCGGCCGUCCCCGCUGUCCCCAGGAGGAGGAGGACGUGCAGCACGAGGAGGAGAUCCUGCGCAACCCCUUCUCGGUGCGCUGUUGGCUGCGCUACGCCCAGGCCCGGCAGAAGGGGCCGCGCCACCGCCUCAACCUCCUCUUCGAGCGCGCCCUCCGCGAGCUGCCCGGCAGUUACAAGCUGUGGUACCAGUUGCGGCAGCGGCGGCAGCAGGUGAAGGGGCGCUGCCCCACCGACCCCGCCUACGAGGAGGCCAACGGCUGCCACGAGCGCGCCCUCGUCUUCAUGCACAAGAUGCCCCGCAUCUGGCUGGAUUACUGCCAGUUCCUGGUGGAGCAGGGCCGCAUCACGCGGACGCGCCGCACCUUCGACCGGGCGCUGCGGGCGCUGCCCAUCACCCAGCACCACCGCAUCUGGCCCCUCUACCUGCAGUUCGUGCGCCGCUACCCCCUGCCCGAGACCGCCGUCCGCGUCUACCGCCGCUACCUGAAGCUGAGCCCCGAGAGCGCGGAGGAGUACGUGGGGUACCUGCGCUCCGUGGGGCGCCUGGACGAGGCCGCCGUGCGCCUGGCGGCCCUGGUCAACGACGAGCGCUUCGUCUCCAAGGAGGGCAAGUCCAAUUACCAGCUGUGGCAGGAGCUGUGCGAGCUGCUCUCCCAGCACCCGGAGCGGGUGCGCUCGCUGGACGCGGGUGCCAUCAUCCGGGGGGGGCUCACCCGCUUCACGGACCAGCUGGGGCGGCUCUGGGGCGCCCUGGCCGACUGCUACAUCCGCAGCGGCCACUUCGAGAAGGCCCGGGACGUCUACGAGGAGGCGGUGCAGACGGUGAUGACGGUGCGGGACUUCACUCAGGUCUUCGACAGCUACGCCCAGUUCGAGGAGAGCGUCAUCGCCGCCAAGAUGGAGACGGCCGCGGAGCUGGGCCGGGAGGAGGACGAGGAGGUGGAGCUGGAGCUGCGCCUGGCCCGCUUCGAGCAGCUGAUGGCCCGGCGCCCGCUGCUGCUCAACAGCGUCCUGCUGCGCCAGAACCCCCACAACGUCCACGAGUGGCACAAGCGGGUGCAGCUCUACCAGGGGCGCCCCGAGCAGAUCAUCAACACCUACACGGAGGCCGUCCGCACCGUGGACCCCCCUGAAGGCGACGGGGCGCCCAACGGGCUGUGGGUGGCCUUCGCCCGCUUCUACGAGGACAACGGGCAGCUGGAGGACGCCCGCACCAUCCUGACCAAGGCCACCCGCGUCCGCUUCCGGCAGGUGGAGGACCUGGCCGCCGUCUGGUGCGAGUUCGGCGAGAUGGAGCUGCGCCACGAGAACUACGACGAGGCCCUGCGCAUCCUGCGGAAAGCCACGGCGCUGCCCGCCAAGAGGGCCGAGUACUUCGACUCCACCGAACCCGUCCAGAACCGCCUCUACAAAUCCCUCAAGGUCUGGUCCAUGUUGGCCGACCUGGAGGAGAGCCUGGGCACCUUCCAGUCCACCAAGGCGGUGUACGACCGCAUCCUGGACCUGCGCAUCGCCACCCCCCAGAUCGUCAUCAACUACGGCCUCUUCCUGGAGGAGCACGGCUACUUCGAGGAGAGCUUCAAGGCCUACGAACGGGGCAUCGCGCUCUUCCGCUGGCCCAACGUGGCGGACAUCUGGCACACCUACCUCAGCAAGUUCGUCGCCCGCUACGGCGGGCGCAAGCUGGAACGGGCGCGGGACCUCUUCGAGCAGGCGCUGGACGGCUGCCCCCCCAAAUACGCCAAGACUAUCUACCUGCUGUACGCCAAGCUGGAGGAGGAGUUCGGGCUGGCGCGCCACGCCAUGGGGGUGUACGAGCGCGGCACCCGCGCCGCCGCCGCGCAGCAGCGCGACAUGUUCAACAUCUACAUCAAACGGGCGGCCGAGCUCUACGGCGUCACCCACACCCGCCCCAUCUACCAGAAGGCCAUCGAGGUGCUGGGUGACGACGCGGCGCGGGAGCUCUGCCUGCGCUUCGCCGACAUGGAGUGCAAACUGGGGGAGGUGGACCGCGCCCGCGCCAUCUACACCUACUGCUCCCAGAUCUGCGACCCCCGCAUCACGGCCACCUUCUGGCAGACGUGGAAAGACUUUGAGAUCCGUCACGGCAACGAGGACACGAUCCGGGAGAUGCUGCGCAUCAAGCGCAGUGUCCAGGCCACCUACAACACCCAGGUCAACUUCAUGGCCUCCCAGAUGCUCAAGGUCUACAGCAACGCCACCGGCACCG